AUGGCAAUUGAAACGGUACUCGCUCAGGUCCAGGACACGUUAAGUCACGGCGCUGACAACUUCAUGACCUUCCUGCGGACCCGCUCCGACCUCCCAAUCGCCCACUUCCUCGCCACACCCUGGCGCUUCACAACCAGCUCCGCACUCUACGGCGCCGUGACCUACUCCACUCCAACCUCCGAGCAGCUCUUCGCGCCCCACAAAGUCAUCAGCGACGGACUUCUCAACAUUCCCCUCGUCCUCGCCAUCGUCGUCCUCUACCGCAUGUUUCUCUGGCCUUUUCCCGGACGUGUUAAACAGAUCCUGGCGUUUCCUCUUAUUAUGUAUCUGGUCAUGGUCCCGGUCUUGUAUACCUGUCCCACAGUGUUUUUUCACUUUAUGAUGGCUGUUAUUGCGAUCUGGACGGUUACGAGGAUGAUUGACCUUUAUUAUGUCCAGCCCUGGACGGGGGUGCCAAGUCGUAAUUACCUCAUCUCUCAGGCUGCCCGUGCUGCUGCUCGAUCCAAGAAAAUCGACACCUCUUCCUUUUCCUCGACCAAGUCGAGGAGCGGCCUCAACAAGACGACACUAUCGACCAUCACCACCACCACUACGACGACGGCGAUGACAACGAAUGGAUCAACUGCCGAGACUAUCGACUUUUUCCAUUGGGACAGUGAACGGUUACAGGAAGAACUCUGGUCGCCACUGAGGAAACAAAACGGCAAAAAGUCUGAUCCAUCAGUCGGCCGCUCCUGGAUCGACCUCCUCCCAGCGUUCCUAUUUUACUACACCGUCUUUGACUCGAUCAUAUACUUCCUGUCCUUCUACACCUCAGAGGAAGUCAUGUCGGCCCCAACACUCGAGUACGGCUUCAUCGUCAGCGUCGUAUGCUCAUAUGUUUACAACAACCUCCGAGCCUCCGUCUUCAUGAACGUCAUCAUGUACUGCGCCACGACCGGGAACAGAGCCGACCCGCAGGAGUGGACCAUGCUCGGUACAAAGUUACCACUCCUUGCAUAUUCACCAACGGACUUUUGGAUCAACUGGCAUACUCUCUUCCGUUACGUCUGGGUCGAUCUUGGGUUUAACCCUGUGAAGCGGUUCUGUAUUAAGCAUCUAGGCCCGGAACGGUUGGGUCGUCGUGGUUCGCAGUGGGCUCGUGAGAUCCUUCCCGUCUAUGCGGUCUUCGUCUUGUCCGGAGCCAUGCACGGGUACAUUGUCUAUGCGCUGUGGAGACAGAACGGGUGGAGCCAGAUGGCAUAUUUCAUGAUUCAGGCUACGGGCGUUGUUGUCUCCAAGGCGAUCCAGAGGAGUUUUAUCGGAAAGGCGAUCCAGCGAGCGUAUAAGGGCGGGUCUGUGACGAGGCAGUGUGCGAUGAAGGGAGUUGGGGUUAUGUUGAUGCUGGUAUUCCACAUGGCAACGGCGCCUUUUUUCAUCUCUGCGUACGAGAGGCAGGGCAUGUGGCUCGAAGUCAAGGGGAUCAGCAUCACCUUUCGUAUUUUCGGAAAGUAA